AUGGCACAUACAGCUCCAAGAAUAAUGCCAGCGUACCGUACCAAAUCGAUACAAAUAAAGGCCAUCGGACGCGACGGAAAGCCAUCUGAGAAGACGUUCUCUAUUGAUCGAAACCUCUUCGAAUCUUGCUCGGAAGAGUGCGCAAGGUUGCUAGCGCGAGCACAAGCCGAUAAAAAGGGAGCGCAACAAAACCCCGAUGCAAAUGGUGGACAACAACAACCCGAUUCCGAGGAAAUCUCCCUGUAUGGUACGGAAGACGUCAUUUCAUUCUUUGUUGACUGGUUACGCAAGGAGAACCAGUAUUCCCAGCGAAGGUUUUUCUGGGAUGAGCCCACUCGCCCUGAAGCAACUCACAUACACGUCUUCGCGAGCCAGUACAAAAUCACCGAUCUCCUCAGACUCACCUUACGUCUAUUUUUCAAGGAUGUCCAGGAGCACGGAAGGCUGCCUACCAGUACCCAAGUCAACUUCAUACACUCUAAAAUGGAUGAGCCAUUGAAUGCGACGCUUUAUGAGCUCUUCCUCCGCGCUUACUGCUUAAUAUGGCAGCAUAGUACGGAUGAGGAAAAAGACUCUGCUUUACCAGAUGAGUUUACAAGGAAAAUCGAGGAAUACCGACGGCGAUAUUCUGGACUCGGAGUUUAUUUUAGGCUGUGUGACUUCCACCAGGACCUGCACUCCGAUCAAGGACGGGAUGGUUGUCCAGAGAAGAUGCUCAAAAUGAGCUGGAAAGUGGGUCAUCCAUGGGCAUCAGGUGUCACGGACGAGGCGGAACAAGGCACGGCCCAAGCAUUGGGCAAGGAGCUAGGUGUACUUACGAAGACGAAGUCGCUGAAAGGUAGAGGUUCCACGCGGCGAAACCUAAAUACGGACGCACGUGGCCCGGCCGAGCACGUGAGCUGUGGCGGAUCACUUGCGGACAAGCAAGGGAGGCACGGAGCCGGAUCCGUCACAUCAGGGUCGCAACCGGUUCAAAUCGUAGCGAAUCCCAUACAAACUCCGCCAAUCGUGCAACAAACAGGCCAACCGGCCCCCGCGGCGCAACUAGGUCAACUCGUACCAAUUCCCGGACAAGCUCAGCCCAUGCCUUCCACACAGCAAGCGGGUCAAAUGACUGUAGGGGGGCAAGCGGGUCAGACAGUACCAAAUCCCCGACAAACUCACGCCUUCGUCCAGCAAUCGGAUCGAACGACCAAGGCGGCGAGGGCAAAUCCACUCGCAUCAACUCCCGGUUUCAAUGGAAGCGCAGCCAUGGUAAACCAGAUGAGUCCCGUUACUGCAAGCGUUGCUCGCCCUGGAUAUAACCCUCACACAAAUUUCCCUGACGCUCAUAAACAAGUCCUCUUCGAGCAGCGUAAGUUUGAAGCCCAACAGGCUCGUGCCUUGCAGCGCCAGGGUCAAACGGCCGCGGCGACGCUACUAGAUCGAUCCGCAUCAACGCAAUUUGACCCAAGGGUGCCAAACCCUCAACCAGUAGCGUUGCAAGGAGGAGGCUUGGACAACUAUCCUGGUGAUCGCAGUGCCAAUGGAGGAGUGGGCUAGCAACAAGGUGCCUCCGGUGUUGGAGGUCCAGUACAGCAGCCGCAAGGUGUCUACGGAGAUCCAGUACAAAAUCCGCAACAUGGGCAUAACUAUGCACCACAGCAACAGUUUGGUCCCCAGUAGCACCGUCAUAUUCAUAUACUACCCAACAUGGGACCCAUUCGCGUGGCAGUCGCUCCUAGGGUUACUAAGAAACUAGGGGCCCCAUUCGUCUUCUUAAAGAGCAGGGAGCGGGGUUUGCUUCCUGGUAGCUUUCUUUUUCGCUGCAUGUAUGGUGGGCACACGCAUGGCAUAAUUGUUACUUUCGUUAGUUCUCUGCCAAAGUCAAAUUGAGCUCAGCAAUGAGGUU